AUGCGAAUUUUCGUCACGUUACUGCUGAGUCUGGUGUUCCAUCAACAUGUGUUGGCCGAACCGAUACCUGUCGAAUGGAGUGAACAAGAACUGAAUGUCACUCAACAAGGAAGUGAUGGAGAAGGCAAGAUUGUGGGAGAUGGUGUGACUGCUGCUCCUCCGGUCACUGCAACAGUUCCACCACACGGUUUUGGUGACAGCGAGGAUGAGGAUGACGAAGAAACUUUGGACACGAACACAGGUGAUGAAGCAGCCAAUGAAACUCCGGAUGACACAGACAGCAUUGACGACAGUGACUUGAAUUCAAUGAAUGUGAGUGGAGUGGAUGAACUACUUCAUGGACAGUAUGAUAAUGAUGAUUCUCAUGGUGAUGAUGAAGACGAUGAUGAUUAUUAUGAUAAUGAUGUUGAUUGCGAUGAUUCUGAUGACGAUGGUGAUUUGAACAGGAGUGUAGAACGCCGUUGUCGUCGCGAUCGACGUGAGAUGAUGAACCUCCGUCCAGAGCCGCGGUUACUUCAAGCAACAUAUCGUUAUCAUGGCGACGGUGGGAAUCACAACGAACGUCGUCGACAUCGACGCCACAGACGUCGUCAUCACCACCAACGACGUUAUCGAUUUGUCAAUUAUCCCCAUGGUAAUGGACACCGUCGCAGACGUUACUAUCGUCAGUGA